AUGAAUCCCGAUUCCAGUCAAAAAACAUGCGAACUACUCUCAAAAUUCAUGAUCUCUCAAGGAAUUCCCCUGGCGAAUAUUCGAAAUUCGGCGUUUCAAGACCUUCUAGAACAUUUUGAGCAGCCAGAUUUCGAGAUUCCAACCGAGAAGUGUCUAGAGGACUCGUUGAAAUGGGCGGAGCCAGAGACGAUGGAUUGCAAAGUGGGCGGAGCGUUAAGUAUUACUGUAGAUUUGGCGGCCGAAGAGGAUGGAACCGACGAGAAGUGGAUCGUUUUUUCAUGUCAUCACUUUGAGGAUUUUCAUAAAAGAACGGCGGUCGUGCAUUUUGAGAAACUCGAGAUUGCUCAAUUCAACUGGCCCACUCUCUGGUCCCGAAUCCACGUGGCAAUCACCGCCGCAUACACCAACUUCCACACCGUCAACAUCGUGUGCUCGAGCCCCGAGCUCGCCGAGAUCUUCCGACAGCCUUCAGAAUCCCGAAAUUCAGAAGACGUCAGACGCAACGACUACAUAUGCUUCGCGUUCUAUGUCGACAAAUUCGCUCGCCAGAUUUUGGAAAUCGACGAGGUGAAAAAAUCGAUAAAUCGACUUCAUCGAUUUUUGAAGGUGUUGAAAACGGUGCCGGAAAUUUAUCGAUUUUUUGUGGAAUUUCAAAAAUCCAAAAAUUGGGACCCGAAAUUGCCGACAAUCGAUUCAAAGUGCUGGCAAUCGGAGCUCUUUCUGUUCACCAGAUGUUUAGAAAUGGACCCAAUCUUCCUUCAAAUCAGCCAACGUUGGAGUCUGGUCUCCAACUACAUCACGUCUUCUGAAUUCAACAAUCUUCUCUACAUUCAGAAGGUUCUCGACGAAUGCGAGCAAUGUCUUCAGAAUCUUGGAACGUCGAAUUCGUCAAUGUCUCAAGUCAUUCCAGCGAUUUCUCGGAUUCAGAUGACGACGAUGAAUUCGAAAUUCGACGAUGCGGAAAGUCUGAAUCCCACCAUUCAGACGCUGUUCUCCGACGUCUUCUGUGAAUUCAACGGCUCAGAAGACUAUCAAAAAUCCACGUGGCUAGAUCCGCGAUUCGCGUUUAGAAGGGACAUUCAGCCAGUGGAAAAAUGGGAUGACGUGACGCAGAAAAUUUUAGAAGGCUCUUCUGAAGGCGUCAAAAUUGAAUUCCAACAGGAAAUUCAAAAAUAUCGAAAACUUCUAAAAUCCGAACGUCCCGCGCCUUCAGAAUCCCCGUUCAUCUGGUGGGUCCUUCAUCAGGAACGUCUUCCAAAUCUGGCGAAUCUCGCACAUCGAUUUCUCGCCGUUCCCGCGGUUUCCAUUGACUCCGCCCACUUUUUCGGCCCGUCUGGAAAGUUCUCACACGUCUCCAGAAUCUAUAGAGAUUCUGGAACUUCUGGAGAUCGCUGGAUGCGAUUCGCCGCACGUCAUCAGGAAUUCAGAGGACGUGGAACACGAAUGCCAUAUAAGGCAGAGGGAUUCGCAAGACCUUUACUGGAUUUCAAAGCUGAGCAAUCGCGAAAACGAAGAGCAUCUUCUCCUUCUGGAGAUAUCAAUUUAUCGAUUUUCGAGCCGAAAACUCAAGGAAAAACGGUACAGGACUAUCUGAUGAUAAAACGACGAAACAUUGUGAAAUGGCAGCCGAACAACGACUACAAGUCAUCUUCCACGUUGUACACAACACUUCAGAAUACGUUCAGAGCUUCUGAAGAGCCUGAAGGCGUCACGACACCGUUGGACGACGUCUUCAAAGACGUCAAAUUGGAGCAGCCGGAGGAGAUCAAAGUGGGCGGAGUCGAGGAGGACAUUUGGAGUCCGCAUACGUGGAUGGGCAGUGAAAAGAAAAAGCAAUGCAAUCGCCGUUGCUGCCUGUGCAAUCAAAUGAAACUGCACGAGGAGGUCAAAAAUGUGACGAUCAUCGGCGAGAAGCUUCUCAUGGCUCUGAUCGCAUUUCACACUGGUCGAACGUCGGAAAAUCACGCCAGAGACGUGUAUAAUCGUGAGAAGAAGAGCUUCUUCUGUCGAGAACACUACGGCGAGACGGCUGGCGGAAUUUUGAAUUUUCUAAAAAUCCAAAAUUCCGCGAAACUAGCCGAUUGCUCGAUGGAACCGCUUCAAGGCGCAUGUAAUGCGAUUACGGAUGGACGAGUCGACUUGGCCGACAACAAUUUGCGCGCUUUUAUGAUCAAUUUUGUACAGAAAAAUGAGGUGGGGACAUUUUUUUUUUCAAAAUUUUUCAAAUUUUUUGUUUUUCAGGAAAAAUCACCGAUCCCAUUUUACAAACCGUCUGAAAACCAAAACCGAUCGGAAAGCGGUGAUCAUUGA